AUGGCUUCUCUCGCGGCCUUGGGUGGAGCGUGCUUGGCUGGCAUUGGCUGCGGAGCAGGUGUCGUCAAGCUGAAGGCGACAGCUGUCGCGUCAACUGCCACAACACAGGCUUCGGGGGCUAGUCCUGCACCAGUGGCGAGUGAAGCAGGUGACAAGAAGCGCAUCGCUCAGUGUAACUGUGGACAGCUUCGUGUGACAGUCACUGGACCUGACCCAGAGAGGAUCAGCCUUUGCCACUGCAACUUGUGCCAGAAGCAGUCUGGCAAUAUCUUUGCGGUCCAAGCUCGCUUCCCAAAAGAACAGGUGGCAAUCGAAGGAAAGUCGACAUCUUGGAAGCUUCCGAAAGACGAAGCCGAUCAGAUCGCGUACCGGAACUGCGUCAGUCUCGGAGGCGGUGCCGUCUUCCAUUUCUGCCCGGAGUGUGGUUCAACGGUUUGGUACACGGCCGAUGCGGAUGCUGCACGAAUUGGCAUAAAGGUCGGAUGCUUCACGGACCCUUCCUUCCCGCCGCCCAAGCUGUCGGGCUUCGAGUCUUAUAUGCAUCCCUGGGCGUUGAAUACUCCCGCUCUGCAGGUGCAACACAUCCCAUAA